AUGGCGAUGAUGACUGGCCGUGUGCUGCUGGUGUGUGCCCUCUGCGUGCUGUGGUGCGGUUUGUCUGGAGUUGCGGCCCACGGUGAGGAAGAUGCCGAAAAGAAAGAGGAUGGAAGUUCCGGGGGUCCAGGACCUGAUGCUGAUGAUGGUAGUGCUGGACUGCAGGCAAUGCAAGUUCCAGUCAAGGGAGGUCCCGAGAGGGAGGAUCAUUCUUUGGGGGCACAGACAGGAAACAGCACCAACGAGCAAAGUGUUGUGGUCAUGUCACCACCUGAAAGCUCACUUGGACCAGAAGAAGAAGAGGAGGAAGAAGAAGUGGAAACAGUACAAAAAGAGAAAUUAGAAAGCACAACCGAAGAAGAAGAAACACCAAAAUUAACAUCGUCUCAAGAAGGAGAAGGGCCACCAGCACCAGUAACAACGAGAAAAAAUGAAAAACCAGCAGAAACCUCAGAUGCAACACCAGGGAAGGGGCAGUCCAGCUCUGGUGAUGUUUCAACCCGACCAGAACUACACAAAACACCAUCCGAAGAACAGCCAUCAUCAACAGCACCACAAGCACCAGCACCUGCAGCAGCGGCACAAAUAAAAAACGAAAGCACCACAUCUGCAGAUGUCGUUUCAGGGCAACAGAUAAAAGAAGAAUCUCAACACGACAUGCAAUCAGAAGGUGCUUCAGGGAAAGAAGAAAACGUCCCCACCACAGUCACCAAAAAAGACGGACCAACAGAAAGUAACGCCGAAUCAACUCCAACACCACCCUCAGCUUACAAAGAUGCCAUUACAAAUGACGAUGAGAAAAGCAAUGAAGAAGUUAUUCCAAAACAUGAUCAAACACCUGAUGGUGAGACGAUGAACGAAGCCUCACAAGUUGAAAAUAACGAAGGAAAUACAAAUAAAACACAAACAGUCGAAGCCGCAGCUAUAACAAAUAAUACGGCGACGCCUGGCGACAGUGACAGCAGCACCGCGGUCUCCCACACCACCUCCCCUCUUUUGCUUCUUCUUCUUGUUGUUGCGUGUGCGGCUGCUGCUGCGGUGGUGGCCGCGUGA